AAUGUUCCUGCUGAAUUCCUGAAGAAGCCAUUACUUCUCCAUGCUGAGUAAAUAGUGUAAACUUGGGUACCCUGGAGGAGAACCCACUUUGGGGAUAUAGCUGCCAUGUUAGAUCCGGCCUGAAACCCUGCAGCCCAAAAUAGCCCCACCAGUGUCCCACCGACCAGCUGACUGUGACCUCAGCCACAAGAGGAAGAGGAGGAGGAGGAGGAGGAGGAGGUGGCGGGCCGGAAGGAGUCUUUAAAACCUCCGAUGUUUACUUCACUUUCUUGAAGUCAAAGUAGAAGUUUAGGCAGUUUAUGAGCAAAUAUGCGUGGGGUGUCGUGGGGCCCGAGAGGAAUGGUGGAACACAACGAGACAGUCGUGCUGCUGUCCGAGCAGGUGGUGGUGUUGUCUUCCUGCGCCCUGUCCUUUGUGGGCUCGUCGCUCAUCAUCGUCCUUUACGUCACUUUGGCGGAGCUGAGGACCACUCCGCGGAAACUGCUGCUCUUCCUUUCCGUGGCCGACUGGCUCUCGGCCGUCUCCUACGCCUACGGAGUGUGGCGAGUGUUCGGUUCCGACUCGCCGGAUUGUAUCGCCCAGGGAGCGAUAUCCACCUUCGCCAACACCAGCUCGUUCUUCUGGACGGUGGCCAUUGCCCUCUACUUGUACGUGUUCAUCGUUAGGUCCAAUCAGAGGGCUGCUGACAGCCUGGUGCUGCUCUUCCACCUCGUCAGCUGGGGGGUUCCUCUGGCCAUCACGGUGGCAGCCGUCUGCCUCAACAAGAUCGGCUACAAUGCUUCAGAGGUGUCCGUGGGCUGGUGCUGGGUCCGGAUCCACAGUCCCGACCGAGUCUUAUGGAUGCUCCUGACCGGGAAGAUCUGGGAAUUCCUGGCUUACCUCACCCUGCCAGUCCUCUACAUCCUCAUCAAGAGGCACAUCCACACGGCGCAUGCCGCCCUCUCCGAGUACCGUCCGCUCUUGGCCGACAGGACGCCAUCGCACGCCUACUCCUCCGUGGCAGACAUGAAACUAACGCUCAUCCCCAUUAUCUUCAUUGUGUUGCGGAUUUGGAGCACGAUACGCUUCGUUCUGUUGCUGGUUGGAUCCCCGGCUGGACAGAACCCCGUGCUGGUGACUCUCCAUGGCAUUGGCAACACUUCCCAGGGAGCAGCCAACUGCAUCAUGUUCGUUUUGUUCACCACUCCAGUCCGUACGCGCCUCUUUGCUGCGCUCUGCUGCUCCUGUAAGGGCGGAGCUGAGAGCCAGCCAGCGCUGGACUCCUCUCGCGCGCUGUUCCCAGGAAUGCGACCUUCAGGCCAAAGAGAGGACACGGCCACCGCUGACGGGUGAUGCUCAUUGGUCCGGCUGAGAGGACGGAGAGAGGACAUCAAGCCUGCUUCUGGAAGCUGCUUCUGGAAGCUGCU